AUGCAUUAUGAACAGUUGCUCUGGGCUGUUAAAAAUGGUGACUUGCAAUCGAUAAAAGAAAACAUGAAUAAUUUGUCUGGGGUUAAUUCUACUUUUAAAAAUGGAAGAACUCUAAUUCACUAUGCUGCUGACUAUGGACAGAAAGAAAUAUGUGAUUACCUCAUACGAAAUGGUGCAGAUUUAAAUGUUAAUGACAGUUUUGGAGUUACACCUUUGCUUGCAGCCAUAUAUGAGGGUCAUAUAGAUUGCGUAUCUUUGCUGCUCAACAAUCUGGGGCUAGCUCCAGAUGGCUCAACGUACGUCGACUGUGCCGCGUCAGAAGAUAUAAGGAAUAUCUUGAGAAACUACAUAACUGUAUGA